AUGCUGACUCGCCGCAAGUCGUCGCAGCCGUCAGAUGGCAAAACCGACGGCGGUCCACGCAAGCGACGUGGCGAAUCCGUUGUCGCACUCACGGAAAUCAUCAAUCUCGAGCCGAGUGCCAUCAACAAGAAGCCGUCCGAGAUUCUACAAAAUGACGUGCUGAAAGAGCUGGUCAGGUUAGCGUGCCUGUUGUCGAUGAUCUCCGUCUGCCUACACACCCCCGAAACAAUUGCACUAUGGCCCCCGCUCAACUAUGCGAUAUUUGCCAACGAUUGCAUCGUUACGCUGGUAUUCCUUGUGGAAGCUGCCAUUCACAUCCAUCACGUUGGUCUCUGGGAGGCUUCAACAGGAACCUAG